UCUCUCUCUCUCUUUUCUUCUUUCUUCUCUCAAUAAUGGCCUCAUCUCAAGUCGCAGGAUACUCAGUCUCAAAGACAACUCCUUUAAAUAUUAGUGUUGAGGAGGCAGUGAUCAAUUCGAAAAGAUCAAGUUCUUUUCUAUUACAUAUGAUGGUCAUGAUGGAUCCACAACAAAUUAAGAGCAACGAAACUGCCAAAGAUGCAUACAAGGAAUGUUUGGAGUUAAAGGAUUAUCUUUCUGAGCAAUUAUGGUCCGAAUUUGAUACAGAUGGCAUCUCUGCUGUUCAAACAGCUCUGGAAGACCUUUCACAAGUUCUAAGCAAGUAUGAGAUGACAAAAGAAAUGAUUGAAAAUGAAUGGGAAUUUGUAGAUUCUUCCUGCUGUGUCCCCACUUGUUGAAAUUUAAUAAAAAAAUAUACCUUAAACCUAUAAACAGUACGUUUUGUUCUCCGCUGUAGACUAUACAUAAAAUCCUGAUGACACUGUUUGUCAGACUUACUAUUAAUAAUUCACAGGUGUCGGCCAUCAGCCCCGUCACAAAUAAAAAGGUUUACGUUGCUAUUUGUACAAAUGCACAACAUCGUAACAAUACACGCAGGUUGACUGCAAUUCAAAAGUGGCGAGAUAAAUCCAGCUAUUUAACCAGAUUUUGAUCUUAAAUCGACUGAUUCCUUAUACAAAGCUAGCUGUAAAUGAUUAGGGAUACUUUUUUUUGUAAGUUUGGUGUAAGAAAUCAACGGAAAGUCCAUGUAUAAUUAAUAAAGUAUAAUGUAUGACGCAUCGAUC